CACCCACGCCUCCGCUCUGGCCAGAAGGCCUCGGGCCUCCGUGGUGGGCGGCGCGCCAUGAGGUCGGUCAGCUACGUGCGGCGGGUGACGCUGGAGUUCGGCGGGAGCCUCUUCCCGCGCGCCGUGUGCCUGGGCGACGCCGACAACGACGCGCUAAAUGAGCUAGUGGUGGGAGACACUAGUGGAAAACUAUUCAUAUACAAGAGUGAUGAAAGCAAGCCUUGGAGUGUGCGCUUAUGUCAAGGAAUGCUCACUUGUGUUGGUGUUGGGGAUGUAUGUAAUAAAGGAAAGAAUGUGGUUGUUGCUGUGAGUGCUGAAGGGUGGUUCCACCUCUUUGAUCUCACUCCGUCCUCCAAGCACCUUGAUGCCUCAGGCCACCAUGAGCUCCCAACAGCAGAAGACCAGAAGCUUGGAUUCAAGCAACACAUUCCUGCCAACACCAAAGUUAUGCUGAUUAGUGACAUUGAUGGAGAUGGGAAGAGUGAAUUGGUGGUGGGAUAUACAGACCGUGUGGUGCGAGCCUUUCGCUGGGAAGACACAUCUGAGAGUUCAGAGAAUAUCACGGGACAGUUGGUGCUACUCAAAAAGUGGUUGCUGGAGGGACAGGUGGAUAGUCUGUCUGUAAAUCCAGGCUCAGACUGUUCUCCUGAGAUGAUGGUGUCCCAGCCUGGGUGUGGUUAUGCAGUCUUACUGUGUACUUGGAAAGCAGAGCAGCAGAGGAUAGACAGUUCGGCAGCUAGCAGGGAAGCCCCAGUCCGGGAUGUCAUUCUCCAUCAGACAUCAGGUAGAAUUCACAACAAGAAUGUUUCCACUCACCUCAUUGGCAGCAUUGGCAGAGGGACUUCCAAGAAGCAUGCUGGCUCAGGUCUGUUUGCACUCUGCACCUUGGAUGGGACCCUGAAACUGAUGGAGGGAGCUGACAAGCUACUGUGGUCAGUACAGGUUGACCACCAACUUUUUGCUCUAGAAAAACUGGAUGUUACUGGGAAUGGCCAUGAGGAGGUGAUUGCCUGCGCUUGGGAUGGACAGACGUACAUCAUAGACCACGGCCGCACUGUGGCUAGGUUCCAAGUAGAUGAAAAUGUGAGUGCCUUCUGUGCAGGUCUCUAUGCCUGCAAAGGAGGCUGCAAUAGCCCUUGUCUGGUAUACGUCAGUUUCAACCAAAAGAUCUACAUCUAUUGGGAUGUGCAAUUGGAGAGAAUGGAAUCUACCAGUUUGCUGAAGAUACUAGAGAGUAACUCCGAAUACAAAGAUCUCCUGCUCCAGCUGGGUGUCGCUGGAGAUGAUGUUUCUGCGGUCAAAGAUUUGAUUCACAAGACACUCUACUUUCCAGAGGAGCAGCUAAAUAGUCCUUCUCAGUUCAUCCCCACAGCUAGAUCCUCUUCCAGGUGCCAUCCUAUUUCCCAAGAAAUCUUAUGAGCAGAUGACAUAUACUCACACAGUGAACAGCUCUGCUUCUCAUUCUGCUGCCCCUCAUUUGUGCAAAUUAAGCACUGUUAAGAACCAGGACUCUGAAUGAAGGGGUUGGAGUAGCAGCAUGAAUCUUCAAGUGAAGCUGCUGACUGAAGUCAACGUAAUAGGAAAUGCCCUUUUCACAUUUGUCUCAAGGUCCUCAUUGCUGUUGUUACUUUCUCAUCAGUCACUUUAUCUGCUGAAAACUUUAAUAAAGGUAAUUUUAAAAGAUC